AAAUAAAAUACUGCAAUGUUCAUACAUUUCAUUGUUUUGUAUAUUUUGACAUAUCCCAGUUAUUAUGCAAACUCGACGGUAUAACAAACACCAAUAUACCUUACUUUGUUAUCACGAUUUUGUGAUUAUAAAAACUAUGUUUGGGGAAGUAAGCUGACAUUUCAGCAGCCAAUCAGUCCUUUCCAGUACCAAAAGUUACUCGCUCUUGGUUUUCGGCCCAGUACCCUUUUGCUGGACCCGGACUGCGUGCAUGACGCCACCAGCCACCAUGCGCCGCGAUCCCGGAGAGAGAGCCCACAGAAACCGGACGCACAUAGCGGGACCGCUGCACGGGGCGCUGUUGAUCAGAGAUUGACGCGGCAACGCCGGAUGAUCAAGCUUGUCCGGACGCGAAUGUAAUGCGCAGUGACAACAUCGACCGCAUCGCCCCCAGUCUGCACAUGCGCAGUGACAACAUCGACCGGAUCGCCCCAAGUCUGCACAUGCGCAGUGACAACAUCGACCGGAUCGCAACAAGUCUACACACGCGCAGUGACACAGCGACCGGAUCGCCACAAGUCUGCACAUGCGCAGUGACAACAUCGACCGGAUCGCCCCAAGUCUGCACAUGCGCAGUGACAACAUCGACCGGAUCGCACCAAGUCUGCACACGCGCAGUGACAACAUCGACCGGAUCGCCCAAAGUCUGCACAUAUGCAGUGACAACAUUGACCGGAUCGCCCCUAGUCUGCACAUGCGCAGUGACACAAACACCACCCAGUCGGCCGAACGCCGCAGUUUUCAGUUUCCGGAACAACGAAAACGUGUCCCACUCGGAGGUGCAGUACCUAAUACAGACUCAACUCGACGUUCCUGUACGAAGUAUCCAGUUCGAUCCCCUCGAUAUCCGGUCGGCGCGACACGGGGUCAACUCCCGCUGGGUCGUCGAAUUCUGUACUAUAGCGGAUAUGGCAAAAGCUAUACAGCCGGGACUUCAAGUGGGCACGGACCGGCUGGUGUUCUACCCGCAUGAUGACGUCAGUACACGCGAAAUCGCUGCCUAUAGAAACUACAUGGAGGUUGUUAACGCUCAUGCAGUGAUAGCGGCGUCUGCUGAUAACGCAGUGCGCGGGAAACUUAAAAACGCAGUUUCCAGAGGUCGACGUCACUCACGACCUUAAAGAUACUAUGAAGAUAUGAGCUAAUUGGAAUUGACUUUGAAAUCAUGUCAUUAUGCUAAUUUGUGUCGUUUGGUAUAUGUACCAUAGCAUGUACCAAUAAUGACGCGAUUUUUUGAGUCAGGUUAAGAUUCAAAAGGGAUAAUUUCAUAACCGUCAUUUUAAUUCAACCAUCCACAUACAUUAAGGUACAUAUACGCUUCCUUUUUUUAG